AUGUCUCCUCCUGGCAAAGACGCAGACGCGGCUGCCGUUGAAGGCCUGCUCCGGAACUUGGCCGCUGCGCCCUCGGUCCAACGCCUCAGCGCCGUUGCCCUCAACAACGCCAUCUUGAGAGAAGAAAAUGACAAGCUGUCAAAGGAGAACUCUGCUGCGGCGGAUAUGAUUCAUCGUGUCCAGACCCAGCUUAACUCGGCGAAGGCCGAGCUUAGCAAGAAGGCCGACGAACUUGAAAAGGUCAAAGAGGAGAAAGCUGCUCUAGCCAGGAAAUUGGCAGAAGUCAAAGACCAGCUCGUACAAAGCGAGAUGAAUAUCAAAGACCUGAAGGCUAGUUUCGACACAAAGCAGCGCUCCCUCGAGGAGCGGGCGAACGACGCAGAGGGAGAGCUGCUGAGACUGAACAAGCUCAGCGUCGAGUUGAGACCGGUCGACGAAGCCACGACGAAAAAAGAAAUAAGUGAAUGUCUUAAAGCGGUGUCAUCUGCAGCUUGCAAGCUGGCAGGCGAUUAUUUCGGGGUCGACCUGCCGAAGGAGAUUCUCGAAAACCGCCCAGUCUGGUUACGGAUCAUGAAGCACAACUCCAACAGCGCCAACAUCCCUCUGCCUCUGUCCAACUCGCAUUGUGGCAGGCAGAUGCGGGCCGCUCUUCUCAUCUCCGUUCUGGGAUACGAACUACACAAGCAUAUUUUUCAGCCCACGUACCUGGUCAAGGAUGUUGGCCUCAACAAAGUUCUCAGGACGCUUGCCGAAAAGGAACCGGAUCUGGAAUCCCACCUCAGGUCGGUCCUCCUGGCCGCCAGCGAGAAGGCUCGAGAAUCGGACGAGCAGGUCUACGAGGUAGCCACCAACAGCAUUCUAGACCUCGUUUCCCCAGCGGUUCCCGAGGUCAGACGCGAGGCCUUCCAAGAAGCCCUGCAGCAACUCUGCGCGACGGCCUUUGAAAAAUGGCAGGUCAUCCAGGCGCUCGAAGACCACGUGGUCCCCGAGUUUGGGGACAACAGACUGUCGGAGCCAAAGGGCGAGUGGAUCCCGUGGGCCUUCAAGACUCAAUCUGCGCAGCAGCGAGCCAACGGCACCGCGUCUGCCCAGGAACAGGCGACGAAGAACACAACGGCUGUGGCGCCGCAGGCCCAGCCGGACACCGCCGCCGACCUGCUCGACGGCAUCGCCGUCUGGCCCGCCUUUUACAACCUCUCCUCCGGAGACGACGAGACGCUGGCCAAGGGCAUCAUCCUGCCGCCGUCGCUUCUGAAAGCGGCGAAGGCAGAGGAGCAGGCCACCGCGUCGACGCCCCGGUCGCCGUCCUCCCAGCUCCGGAGGGACCUGAGGGACCAGGAGAGGAGCUCCAAUUCCAGGCGGCGGAGACAGUCUUUGGUGUCUGGGAUUGGCCAGGCCGAUGCAGGGAAGCAGACGGGUUCUUUUUUAUCCAAUGGGUCAAGCGCUGGCCUAAAUGGCGCUUGA